GGAUAAUGUGAUACCCAGUAUAACAUUUCCGAUUGCUUUCCGACUGCUCCCGAUUUGUUGCGAAAUUACAUAAUUACGUAGAACAGAUCACGACAUCAAGGGUUAAGACAGGAAAUGACGUCAGAGGUACGGCUUCCUGCUGUGGACCGAUGCAGAUAUAUAUGUGGUGUGUAAAGCUCGCUGGUAUAACAGAGAAAGACAGAAGGAUCUCAACUAUAGCUUAUAUCUAAGAUGGUGCGUGGGUUCAUCACGAGCCUAUUCUUGGCGUACUUGACGCACACAGCACAGUUACUAGAACCUGACAAUACUGGUGCCUUUGAUAUCAUUUUACAAGCCAAUUUGGAGCUCCAUGCAAGCAAUUUCUCAAGCCCCCCUCUUCCAGGGCAUGUCUUCGAAGGAGAUAUCGCUCUCACUGACAAACAGCGACAAAAUAUAGAUAUUCAUGGCAACACAGUAGGCAAAGCAGUUGACAGAAAUGAAGAUAUCCGAUGGCCUGGAGGCGUAAUACCUUACGAGAUCGAUUGCAGUCUACAAAAAAUGUCUAACGCUAAAGAUGCAAUUAAAAAAGCGAUGAAAGAAUGGGAAAGCAAAACCUGUUUACGAUUUGUACCAAGGACCAACCAAAAGGACUAUUUGUGGUUCUUCAGACAAAAAGGAUGUUGGUGUAAUGUCGGACGCAUCGGUGGUAGGACCUCUCUUUCGGUUGGAAAUUUAUGUGAAUUCAAACAUGUGAUGGUACACGAGAUUGGUCACGCAGUGGGAUUUUGGCACGAACAAAGCAGGCCCGACCGUGACAGCUAUGUAAAAGUUGUCCAAGAAAAUAUUUUGCAAGGUUUUGAAAGUGCUUUCGCGAAAUAUUCCCGAGAGAAAAUCAAUUCGUUGAAUAUCCCUUACGAUUAUGAAUCGAUUAUGCACUAUCCGUUUACCGCAUUUUCCAGAAACGGAAAACCAACUCUUAAAGCACUCAGACCUCUUAACGGAAAGAAACCUUACCAGCAUCUUAGCACCCUCGAUGCAAAACAAGCAAAUAUGAUGUACGGCUAUUGCAGGGCAACAGCACCAGAACCUUUAAAACGAGGUAAAAGAGAAGUGGAAGAAAAGAACGUGUUCAAAUUACGACAAAAACGAGCGGUGUGCAGGGAUUACAAUUUAAAUUGUCGGAGAUGGGCAAGGCAGAGACAAUGUCUUGCUAAUAGGAAUUAUAUGUCAAGAUACUGUCGAGCUAGCUGUGGAUGGUGCAGAACUACGGUUCAUGGCACGUGUAGAGAUGACCAUACAUCCUGUAGAUAUUGGGCUUCUACCGGACAAUGUAGAGCAAACCCACGAUACAUGCGUGUAUAUUGCAAGAUGAGCUGCGGUGUCUGUAUUACUCGUCCCAGGCCACCAACUCGCCGUCCCCGGCCACCAACCCGCCGUCCCAGGCCACCAACUCGCCGUCCCAGGCCACCAACUCGUCCUCCUAGGCCAUCAACUCCUCCCAGGCCUCCCACUCCACCGAGACCCCCAACCCAAAAGCCUACAGCAGGUCCCCGAUGUGGUCUUCGUUACUAUGGAAGAGCCCCCGGCAGGAUAGUGGACGGACAGACAGCAGCUAAGAACAGUUGGCCUUGGCAAGCUCAGCUCAGAUCACGUUCUGGCCGCCAUUUUUGUGGAGGUUCACUGGUUGCCCCACAAUGGGUGUUGACGGCAGCGCACUGUGUCAAAGGCAGCUCUACUAACUAUGGGUACCGUGUGAGACUUGGUGAGCACCAUCUUGGUAGAAGAGACAGGACCGAACAAGAAUUUACUGUAUCAAGAAUAAUUGUACAUCCAGGAUAUCGCAGAAUAACAGCUAACAAUGACGUUGCUCUCCUUAAGCUCGACCGACCAGCAAGACUAAACAAAGCCGUCAACUUGAUUUGUCUUCCAUCCCAGGGUGUAAAUGUACCAGACGGUAAAAACUGCUACAUCUCAGGAUGGGGAAGGACUGGGUACAACAGACCAGGUGCUUCUGUUCUCCAAGAAGCCAUGAUGCCUACGGCCAACCAAAGGACAUGCGCAAACAGUAUGAGAAGCUGGGGUCGUGUAACAAGUAAAAUGCUUUGUUCUGGUUUUGGUGGAAGCAGUACCGUUAGUGGGUGCUUCGGUGAUUCUGGCGGUCCUUUCGUUUGCCAAGGCAAGAACAAACGUUGGGUGUUACAAGGAGCUGUCAGCUGGGGAACAAGAACUUGUAGUGCAGGUCGUAGCGAAUACACAGUCUACGCAAGAGUCAGUGAAUUUGUUAGUUGGAUUCGUAGAUAUAUCGGUAACACACCUACAGAUUCGCCUCGACCACCGACCCCCGAUGUCACUCCACCACCGCCACAUACUCCGCCAACUCAAACACCAGUUACACCACCUCCUCCUGACACACCUCCUCCUGACACACCUCCUCCUAAUACCCCACCAAAACCCUCUAAGAUACCCACCCCACCGACUCCACCGCCUCCACCCGAACCACCAAAAUGCUCGUCACCAAAAGCAUUAGGUAUGGAAAACAAACGCAUUCCUGACAGCGACUUGUCGGCUUCAUCGCAGUAUAAUAGAUGGCACAGUGCAAGAGAAGCACGUCUGAAUCUGAAACCUGGUGUAACAGGUGUAGGAGCAUGGUGUUCACGUGACCUCACUACCAACCAAUAUCUGGAAGUAGACCUUGGCGUUAGGACGAUUAUCACUCACAUUGCUACACAAGGUCGUGAGAGCAAGUACCCAAAGUUUAUCAAGAGUUAUGCCGUACAGUAUAGUGAAGAUGGCAACGUGUGGGCGAAUCAUCCAACAAUUUUCACAGGUAAUAUUGACAUGUCAACGGUAACAAAGAACUCUCUUAACCCACCAAUCAUAGCACGGUAUAUCCGCAUCAACCCAAAGACUUGGAAGGGUGCUAUCUGCAUGCGAGCUGAGCUGUAUGGCUGCAAAGUACCCCCAACCAAGCCGACUACUGAUCCAACAACUCAAUCAAAAACGUCAACACAUCCACCUCAACCCUCAACAGCAACAGCAACCACAAAAUCUACACAAGUACCUCUACCUCCAACACCACCAAUACCUACCACACCACCCAAGCCUGUCAGCUCUACCAUCCCACCUAAUCCUAUUGGUAUAAGAUGUGAAGACAAGGAUUCAUCGUGCCCUACUUGGGCUUCACAAGGCAGAUGUACAACCGAUAGCUAUGUAAAGAGACAUUGUUUGACGAGCUGUAAAUCAAAACAAUGUGAUCUUAUAUCCGUCAGGCCGAGAGCACCGUGUUCUAAUCCUAUUGGCUUAGGAUGGGACAAGCGAUUACCAGACACAGCCUUCACUUCAUCUUCUGAACUUAACCUUGGAUCUUGGGAUGCUGGGGCUCGCAAUGCCAGACUGUACCACUUGGACGAUUUUAACACCAAACGAGUUGGAGCCUGGUGUGCAGCGGCCAGAAAGAACCAAUGGCUGCAAGUGGACUUGGGCAAGAAGAAAUACGUCACAGCAGUCGCAACACAAGGUCGAGACAUAUAUUUUGAGCACGUGAAGUCUUAUCAGCUUGCGUAUAGUGUCGAUGGAACCUCGUGGGAAUACGUCAAGUCCAAAUCAGGGGAAACUGUGACAUUUACUGGUAACUGUGACCACUUUACUCCUGUUGUUAACCGACUUCCAAGAGGAGUAACAGCUCGGUACAUCAAGUUUUUCCCUAUCACUUCCAACUGGCCUUGCAUGAGAGUAGAAAUAUAUGGGUGCGACUAAGGACCCUUAAGCAACGUUCAGUUCUGCAAGAAAACAAUGAAGAUUCCUGUAUAGAAUGCAAUAGUGCCUUUUCUCAUUCCGUAAAUACCGCUAUAUUUUAAGACUGAAGACUCAUUUCAUAACCUAGCUUAAGAGUAAAUUAUUUGCAAAUAUCAACAUUAAUGUAAAGAAUGUGCAGCUUGAACAGUACCAAUGUUUUGAAAUCCCACGGACUUUUAAUGGUAUCUAUAAAUAGUUGACUUACAAACGAGGCUAAGCCUAUGCAAAUGAGUCUGUAGUCUUCAAAAACAGCGUUAUGCAUUGAAUGUGAACAGAAAUGUUCACUAGUUUUGUAGUUUAGUAGUUCGUUUUUUAUGGGAGGGGGGAUUGGUGAGAAAAUGAUAGCCUUCUAACUUUUCUCAAACCAUUCCCCGGCCCCAUUUGUACAAAUGAUAAUUCUAAUUAUAAUGAUAACAAUAAUAAAUUACUAAUAAUUUUAGGGAAAACUCUAGUGGCAUACUCACGCCUCGAAAAAGUAUUCUUGACCCUACUUUUGGCCAACACUCCAGUUUCGUGCUCUCUAUUGCUCAGUGUUAUCUUUCGUUUUCUGUAGAAUAUUGUUAUUAUUGUUGCAAAGUGUUUGUAUUGUUGAAGUUGUGCAUUAUGUUCACUUUCCUUUCUGGCCCUCGAUCAUACCAUGACCAAUCAAGAACAGUCCAGUCCUUCGUGAACACUAUGAAUUAUUUGUAAUGAUGUCAGAUUGAGUUUAGAAGUUAAAACUCUUCUUGUUAUCAGUUUUAUAUCMUGCAUUUAACAAUAUCUAUUUAAGCUUAGUAAACAAAGAAUAAAAUGUAUUUCUUAUAAUUAUAA